UUUGCGGUCAAACGAAAGCGGCGAACUUAUCAGCAGCAAAGCUGCCUGCAUCUGAUUCUCUGGUUUCUCUACUUCCUCCACUUGCAGCUGUUUUUGCUGCGGACACACCUACGAUGGUCAUUUCGGCUAUCAAAGGGGUGACGUUCGAAAACUGGUCUAAAACGUUUUCCUGCAAGCCCGAGUACUUGUUUGCUCCCAGAAGCAAAGAUGAAUUAUGUGAGGUGCUGGAGUUUGCCCUCCAACGUAGCAUGAAGGUCCGCGUGGUUGGUGCUGGUUAUUCCCCGUCAGACAUUGCAUGCACCUCGGAUGUGAUGAUCAGCAUGCGCAGCAUGGACAAGGUGCUUGAGGUCAACAAAGAAAAGAUGACUGUCAAGGCGGAAGCUGGGGUCACUCUGAAAAGGCUGAACGAAGUCGAACUGGCCAAGAACGGACUCGCCCUGUCAAGUCUGGGUGCCGUGUCGGAGAUCACGCUUGGCGGUGCAAUCGCCACCGGCACUCACGGAUCGGGACUCAAUUUUGGAAUCCUGUCAACGCAGGUGUUGGAGCUGGAGCUGGUGACUUGUCUGGGCAAGACACUGGUCUGCUCGCGGGAGAGCAACCCGGAGGUCUUCCUGGCAGCCGCCUGCGGGCUCGGGGCCAUCGGGGUGGUCGUCGCGGUCACCGUGCAGUGCGAGCCAGCCUUUCGGCUCCGCGAGUCCCGCUACUCCUGCGCCUUGCAGCGGGUGCUGGAAAACCUGGACGUGCACCUGAAGAGCUCAGACCACUUUCGCUGCCUGUGGUAUCCGCACACGGACACCGCCGUCUGCUUUCAUCUGACUAGGACUGAUGAGGCAGUUACAAGUCUACCCCUGUUACCGAGGGCGUGGAAGUGGCUGAUGGAAUAUGCGUUUGGCUACUACGUCAUGGAGGCUCUCCUAUACCUCAGCUGUUGGGUGCCACCCCUGGUGCCAUGGCUGAACCGACUCUUCCUGUGGGCGGUGUUUGCGCCGCCGAAGCAGCGGGUGGACCUGAGCCAUCGGGUGUUCAACUACGAGUGUCGCUUCAAGCAGCAUGUCAACGAGUGGUCCAUCCCAAGGGAGAAGACUGCCUUGGCUCUAUGGAAGCUCAAAGAGUGGAUUGACAACACACCGGACACGUACGUGCAUAUUCCAGUGGAGGUUCGGUUUGUGCGCCAGGAUGACAUCUUCCUCAGCCCAGCGUGUGGACGUGACUCGUGCUACAUCAAUGUCAUCAUGUACAGGCCUUACGGUAGGACGGUCCCCCACGAGCGUUACUGGGCAGCCUACGAGGGAAUCAUGAGAGGCCUUGGUGGCAGACCUCACUGGGCCAAGGCCCACCACGUGACUGGGAAGGAGUUCCACUCCAUGUACCGCAACUUCGCGAGAUGGUGCGACAUUCGCCGACAGAUGGACCCACACGACAUGUUUGUCAAUUCAUACGUGGAGAGGAUUUUAAGCUCGUAGUCUGCUCAUUUGGUCAUUGAGGGGUUAGAGACGUACAAUCGGGUAUAGGAAUGAAAAGCGAACAGCGGAGCGCGUGGCCUUCGAUACACGCUGCGCAACCUAAAGGCAACUGGAGACAAUCGCAAGCAUGGCUCCUCACUGGUGCCCCGUGCGUGCAAGCAUGUGCAGCGUGCGCGUGAACGUAGCUUCGGAAAGCUUGUAAAUGCACGCACUUGCCAGCAUGAGCAGAGACAUGGCGGCGGCCAGGUGCCCCGCUUGCAGUCGUCUAUGGGACCAGGGCUGUGAACAGGAGGCUCCUCGGUCGGCUGCUAGUUAGCGCCUUUAGUGGCAAAAAUGGGCGACUUUGGGAAGGCCUAACCACCGAACGAUUGGUCGCGAGCUCUGCGUCAGGGUUCGGCAAGGCACUCGGACUUUCGAGCUCGAGAUCGGGUCCAGUGAUUGCGGCGGCGGGCCGUCUCAGAGUUGCAAAAAGCCUUCAUAAGAUGGCGCCACCUGUCGAACUCUGAGACGGCA